CCGGCUUCCGCAGAGCCAGCCCCUCACCCUGUCUUCCCCAGCCCCUCCUGGAAGUGCAGACCAGUCCACCCCUUUUGCUUGGGUCAGACCUUUUGAGGAGGAGCAGAGAAAAUCAAGAGUGUCUCUUAGGAGGCAGGGCAGGCUCUCUGUCACCUAGGCAUUGCUCCUGGAUCCUGCUGGGUGACUGCUAACAUUUGCGGGCAAUUUUUGGCUUUCCUGAGAUCGUUCCAAUGACAUCCUUACCUUAUGGUGCUUAGCCCCACUGUCAGCUCGAGAGGCAGUGCAGUGUGGUGACACGUGGGAGCUCGUCCACUCACUAGAGGGUGACCUUUGGUAAUUCACUCCUCUGUACCUCAAUUUCCCCAUCUAUAAAAUGGGCAUAAUAACAGUACCUUGUCCAUGGGGUGAUUGUGAGGAUUGGACAUGUUUAAUACACAGGUAAAGUGCUUCAAACAGUGCCCAGCAUAUGGCAAAUGCUCGGCGUCUAUUAUUGCAGUUGAGAAGGGGCUACUGAGAGGUAACAGGAAAAUCCCCUUCCCUUUUCUGCAAUGGAAAGGUUGGUAGACUUUCCUUCUGCUGCUUUGGCUGCUGCAGCCCCUCGACGUGGAGGAUGACCACGCCGCCCAGCUGUCCCCUGGCUCUCACAGGCAGCUGUGUGCAGCCUGCGGACAGGGGGCCUGGGAGUGUCUGGAGCUGGAAAGAAACUGUGAAAAAAGAAGAGCUCUGAGCUGCUGGCUGAAGUUUGAAAAAUGCAGUGGGUCUGAGGCUGGAAAACGGACAUCAGCCAUGCUUGGUCCAGAUGAAAGGCAAACUGCAAUCAGACUCCCCCGUGUGUACGAGCCGGCCCGUUUGCAGGGUCCCGUGGCAAGCUGGGCAGCGCUCAGAGAUCUCCAUUCCUGGGGCAUUUGGCUGGGCCAUCCUGUAGCCUGCCUGCGCUGAGGAGCCCCAGGCUCCCGGUCGCUGGAGCCCUCCAAACCCCUGUGGCCACCCCUGCCUCCAUAGGCUUGCCCCUAAGUCGCCCAAAGGGGACAGCACUCCUCCUCCACGCCAGACUUGGGAAGCACUUGGCUGUGGCUGGCGAGGGUCUUCUGGAUGCCUGGGCUGUCCUCCAGCUGCCUCAGGCACAGCCGCCUGGGAAGCGCUGCGACCUCUCAGCCGAGGCACUGUUGAGGCCAGUGGCCAUCGCACACUAAGGGCAGGCUGUGUCGUCACCACCCGUGUGCCUGCAGGGCCCCAGGGAUGGAGGCCUUGGACAAGGGACAGGCAGUGUUUGUGAGGUCACGAGGCAGCAGAGCUGGACGUGUGGCCAUCCAGUGCCCCGAGUGCUGUGUCUCCCAGCGCUGCGCACCUGUCCCUGGCACCCGAGCCGGAGCCGUCCGGGGGCUUCAGCCGAGGAGCUGUCAGCGCUCCCACGCGGCGCCUUCCAGCGGCGGUGACUUGGCCAUCCGUCUGCCUCCCGCCCUUUUCCCUAACAGCUCUUUCAUUGAAUGCUCCAGUAUUUCUGACUACUCAGAGAAGAUCAUUAAGGCCAACCACUUGGACAACAGUAAGACAUACCUCCAAGUAUUUUCUCGCGGAUGGAGGGUCAUCACCAUAUUUAAGGGUAAAGUGGAAGAGGUGGAGCUGCCUGUGGAGAAGGUAGACAUCAUCAUCAGCGAGUGGAUGGGCUACUGUCUGUUCUAUGAGUCAAUGCUCAACACGGUGAUCUUUGCCAGGGACAAGUGGCUGAAACCUGGAGGGCUUAUGUUUCCAGACCGGGCAGCUUUGUACGUGGUAGCAAUUGAAGACAGACAGUACAAGGACUUCAAAAUCCACUGGUGGGAGAAUGUGUAUGGCUUUGACAUGACCUGCAUCCGGGACGUUGCCAUGAAGGAGCCCCUGGUGGAUAUCGUGGAUCCAAAGCAAGUGGUGACCAAUGCCUGUUUAAUAAAGGAGGUGGACAUUUACACGGUGAAGACGGAGGAGCUGUCGUUCACAUCGGCCUUCUGCCUGCAGAUACAGCGCAACGACUACGUGCACGCCCUGGUCACCUAUUUCAAUAUUGAAUUUACCAAGUGCCACAAGAAGAUGGGGUUUUCCACAGAUGGCCACCUUCUCGCCGUGCCCUCACGUGCCUUCCCCUGUGCUCUCGUGCCCGGCGUCUCUCCACGAGCCCUAAUCUCCUCCUCCUAAGAGGACGCCAGUCAGACCUGCUUCAGCUUAAUCCCUCUUGUCAAGGUUGGGGUCCUUCUCAGGGCUCACUCACAUCCUGUGCACGUGUCUGUCAUGGUGCUGUUUAAAGUGACAUAUGCACAAUGACAAGAAGAAGUCAGCACAACAUGGUAUAAAAAAGUCAAGGAGGAAAUUCUCUCCCCAGUCCAUCCCAGUCGCACUUCUCAGAGAUAAGUAUUAAUAUUGGUAGUAAUUUCUUUUGUAUUCUUCCAGAAAAUUUCAGUGGGUACACAAGCACAUACAUAUCCAUACACGACUCUUUUCUCUUUUUCUUGGAAUAAUUAUAGACUCACAAGAAGUUGCAAAAAUAGUAUACAGAGUUCCAUGAACCUUUUGCCCAGCUUUCCCCAUUGGUGGCAUCUUAUAUAAUUGUAAUACAAUAUCAAAACUACACCUUUUAGAAAACAUAGUUUGGAUAGUGCUAUCCACACUGCCCUCUGCUACCUUUUCUUUAUUUAAUAACAUGUCGUAGAGACACUGCCACAGCAUUACGGAGAGACCUACUUUCUUUUUUUUAAACAACUGCACAGGAUUCCGGUGCCGUCACGUACCCAGCGUUUCCACUCUUUUUAGCAGCUACAGCUUUCUCCAUGAGUAGGGAUCCCACCUCGUUAACGUCCGCAUUCCUGGCUUCCAAACCAGACUUCUAAACAAGCCACUGUGGAACAAGUACACGGAGGUGUGGCGCCGCCCUUGGGAAUGGAGGAUAUAGUUCUUCCCUUCCUGAAGCCUUGACGGCAAUGCUGGCCUUUUAAUGUGUGGACAGAGGGGCACGACACUUACCUCAUCCCUCACCUAAAGGCCCUUUCCAGAGCCAGCGUCCCUGGCCACUAAGGCCACGGUCACCUGGUCUGUAUUGGCCAGGCCAAUGCAGGUGCCUCCCCGCCCCGGGCAGGACCUGAGAGCCCGGUCUGGGCGGCUGUCGGCUGCUGGCCUCCUUACAGGGCCGUGGGCGAGCUCCUCUUCCCGUGGGCAGGAGCGGCCAGGAGGGGGAGAUUCCACUUUGACCUUGAAGGAUGGGUAAGCCCCAGAGAUGGUGAGUGUUGGGGUAGCGAGGGAGCAGAGGAGGGGCCUGCUCGACCAGAAGCUGGGGAUGGAGCCACAGGCCUACCCCAGGGCUGGCCCCGCUGCAGACAAUGAAGAAGUCAGUGGGCAAGGGUGCUCUGGACAAAGUUUCGGGUUUCCAAAGCCUGGGCUCCGCACCGUAGCUCUCAGCCACAGGGUUUCUUUUCUUUGAGAUGAUCUAUCUCCAGUCCCCAAAGCCAAGCAGACAGCCUGCUGCAGCCAUGUCUGGAGGUGGCGCCCUGGCUCUCUGGUGGCAGGGACGAUGUUCCUGAUGGCCCCAGGUAGGGGAGGCUUGGUUAAGUUCAAGUCCAGAACCAAAACGUGUGCUCUGGGCUGCCUGAGAAAUGGCACUGAGGGUCUGCCCUCAGUGUCGGCAUCUCUAGCCCAGGGUUGAACUUGUGUCCUUCCUUGUCUUUGGCCACUGUUUCCCCCACCCCACCCCUGCUGCCACAGUCCCACACAGCUCAGACACCACAGGGACACAUCCGGGUGAACCUGCUCCCUGCAUUUUGGCAGUUAUGUGUUAUGUCCCAUGCCCCUUUGCACAGAAUUUGCAAACUUAGGCUCUGAAAGGACAUUUGGAGCUCCUGCAGCCCCCUGCUCUGUGCCUGGGUGCAGCGGUUCUCCUGACCAGCGCAGCGACCUCACCUGGGAGCUUGUUAGCGUUGCAGGUUUGGGGGCCUCACCCCACACCUACGAAAUCAGAACCUCUGGGGGUGGCGCCCAGCACUCUGUGUCUUAACAAGACCUCCAGGUGACUGUGAUGCAUACCACUGCCCUCAUGCAAGACUGCCCCGGGCCAGAGGGUUGAGAAUUUGACCAAUGCUGACUCCCUUCUGGAAAGGCAAUUCCGUUCCUCACUGAACACCCUCUGGUUGCACCAGGACUCUGCGCCUUCUGGCUGAGGAGCUGCCUCUUGCCUGCAGCACUCCCCUGCAGGUAGGCAGGGCUGGGAGAGUGUCAGCCUGGGGCUUUGUUUCCAGCCAGUAGCUGACCACAUUGCUGGUUCAACUGGGUUUGGCAGUUGGCUAUGCUGACAGUCUACACUGACUACCAACAGAGUAAUUGUUUUUAUGCAUCUUGGAUGCACUAAGAUUAAUCUGAAUGCUUGGUUCAUGACAUACUGUCAUCAUUGAACCAUGCAUGGUUUACAUUUUACUUAUUUAUAUAUUAAUAUAAUGGAUAUCCAUGAACUAACCACCUAAUUCAAAAACUAGAGUGUAAAUAAUCAUUAACUAGAAU